AUGCCGUCGGUUUCGAAAACGGCGGCCAAUGCUUCUCCUCAAACCGAGAAACCUACCCACUAUACAUAUUUGAAGGAGUUUAGAACAGAGCAGUGCCCCUUGUUCCUUCAGCAUAAGUGUACGCAGCACAGACCCUUUACGUGCUUUCAUUGGCAUUUUCUGAACCAGCGAAGACGGCGGCCCAUCAGACGUAGAGACGGGACCUUUAACUACAGCCCUGACGUCUACUGCACUAAAUACGAUGAGACCACAGGAAUCUGCCCCGAUGGAGACGACUGUCCAUAUUUACACCGAACGACUGGUGACACUGAGCGCAAGUACCAUCUCCGCUAUUACAAGACUGGCACUUGUAUCCACGAGACUGACGCCCGGGGCCAUUGUGUGAAGAAUGGACUCCACUGUGCAUUUGCCCAUGGGCCACACGACCUUCGGCCGCCUGUUUAUGAUAUCAGAGAGAUUCAAGCCCAAGAGGCUCUUCAAAAUGGACAGCUGGGAUCUGGUGACAGUAUCCCUGACCUGCAGCCUGGUGUUUUAGCAAGUCAAGCUAUGAUUGAAAAAACCUUAACGGAAGACCCACGGUGGCAAGAUACCAAUUUUGUUUUAGCUAAUUAUAAAACAGACCAGUGUACCAAGCCCCCUAGACUAUGCAGACAGGGUUAUGCUUGUCCUCAUUACCACAAUAGUAGAGAUCGAAGAAGAAAUCCACGGAAGUUCAAAUACAGGUCAACACCAUGUCCGAAUGUGAAACAUGGGGAUGAAUGGGGGGAGCCCUCAAAGUGUGACAGUGGAGACAGCUGUCAGUAUUGUCACUCUCGCACAGAGCAGCAGUUUCAUCCAGAGAUUUACAAAUCUACCAAAUGCAAUGAUAUGAGGCAAACUGGAUACUGUCCCAGAGGACCGUUUUGUGCAUUUGCACAUGUAGAAAGAAUACCCUCUACAGAAGAGACGAUGAGUUCUUUGCUGACUGCAAUACAGUCCAGCACUCAUUCCCAGAUGAGCUCUCAGCAGUAUUCAGAGUGUCUCGCCAGUGACUGGACCAGUGGGGGCAACUCCAGUAGCAACGGUGUCGGAAGUGUUUCAUGUUCAAAUAGUUCAACUUUAACCACCAGCUCAGAAAGCGACAAGUCCACCACAUCCAGUGUCUCACCUCUGACGUCUCACUAUCCAAAAGCACCAGGCUUUGAACGUGAGGAUCAGAUUAAGAGCAAGGGUCAUGGGGAGGCUAAAUUUAUGGACCAUGAAAGGACACAAAAUGCUGUAUUCUCAGCUGUAAAUGCUUUAGCAUCCAGCUUUACCUCCAGUAUCACAUCCAGCUUAGCAUCCAGUAUUGGCUCUGAUAGUUCCUCACCCACCACCUUAUCAACCAUGAAUGCAAAAGCCACACCAUUCUACCCAGGGAGCAAUACAGUGGAGUCUGUUAUAGGAUCUGCCCUAGACCUUAAUUUCAGUGAUAUAAAUGUUGCAUCUCUUGAUAAGGAGCUCGAAGAGCAGGACCAUACUAUAGGGUUGGGAGGUCACCGUGUGCUCAGUGGAUCUGCUCCUGUUAACAUUCCUGGUUCACUUGGCCGUUCAUCUUCAUUUAACUCUUCAUCAUCACUGUCCACUUCCCCUCUGAGCUCCCUGUCCCAUUCCCUGUCCCAGUCUCUCCUGUCCGCAGCACUAAAUCAGCAAAAUCAGCCUGCCGCCAUGUUGGCCAAGCAAGAGCAUGGCCUUUUGGGAACGCCAACUUCAUCUACUCAGAAUCUGGGGUUGAAUGGUGGAUCCAGCAGCAUUUGGGAUUUUGCAAGUGGCAAUUUUUCCCCCAGUCCAUCCCCAGUGUACAGUAGCCUGGCCUCCGCCGCAGGUAUUGCAGAUGUGAACCGCCUCUUCAGAGAAUUGGAGGAGGCCAAGAGGAAGAUCAAACAAUUGGAAGAAGCAUGGCAUCAGGUCAAACAGGCCUGCGAAGCCUGUCAGAAAGAUGCCCACGAAGCAAAGGAGCAAGCGAAAUCUGCGGAGGUGGAGAGGCAACUGGUCGAGCAGAAGUGGGAGGAGACCGAGCGCAAACUGAAGGAGCUCCAAGGGGACUAUGACGUACUCUGUCGCACCCCGGGAACGCCUUUGCUGCGCGGCUACGGCGAGCUAGAGAAACUCCCUCUGUCUAAGCUCCACUCCCUCCAGAGCCAACUCCGCAAUGACCUAGACCUAAUAGACGGGGUUAUAUAUCAGCUUCAGUCAAAGAAAUGUCAGAGGACGAAGGUCAAGGGCAGCUCAGUUUGUAUGAGGAAAGGAAUGUUUGGGUUAGAUCUCAUGCCUGAUGCAAUGGAGCUGGACAGAGCCUUUCAAAGUAUGACUUAUACCACUGGUUUGUGUUAUCAGGCUUGA